UCGCAGCUCAUGUUUUUAGCACAACCUAAUCCUUUAGUCUUUUGUCCGGUAUAACAACUCCAGACAAGGGAGUUGGCAGAACAAUAUGAGUAAAUUGAGUCACCAUGAACCAAACCAAUUGAAGAAGAGACUCAGUUCCCAAACCUCAGUUAGUUGUGUUCAACAGCACCUCAACAAGAAGAUAAGCAGCCAAAGUUCCCAUAGUUCUCAACUUGAAGAUUCUUGGAGCGUCCUGGAGGACUCGGAUUAUCUCGAUUGCAUCAACUAUGGGAUCUUGGGAGAGCCAGCCACACCGUACCUGUUACAUCCUGAACACGGGGCAGAUCUGAACAUGCAGCUCCUCUCCGGAUCCCUACUUUAUCCGGGAAGGUACGACAAACAAGGGUACGACAUAGUAUUUGUGUACGGAUCAGCGCUGCUAGACCACUCUUACAUCCUCUCCUUCACAUACCUGCUGGACGCUAUACUCGGCUACUUCUACGACCUCAGUGAUCACAUCCUACACAGGGACUUUGUGAGGGAUGUCAGGCUGGUCUGUGUGUUGGGUCGCGAAGCUCCUUCUCCUAAGAUCGUACAAAACUUGCUGGAUUUCGUGAGUGGAUAUAAGGGACACAACAUGAAGUUACUGAUGAUAAAGGACAAGAACACGGACAAAAAUUCGGAAAGGAGGUUCAAACAACUUAUGAACAACACUGAGUUAGGAAAAGUUUUCACAGAAGUGGAGCACUGCAAAAAAGGUGACCUUCCAAGCAGGAUGGAUAUUGAUGUUAUACCCCGAGAUCUUGGCGGAGACUUUGACCCUACCAACAUGGAUAUCUGGCUGAACAAGAGACUGAAGUUUGAGGUGUUUUGGGAGGAUUGCAGGAUGUGUUACAAGAGACUUCAGUAUCUUCCCCAAACUCUGCAGAGGGUCUUCAAAGAGGUAACAUGCGAACACAAAGGAAAGUCCCUGGAGACGAUCAAACAGAAGUAUCGGGAGGCCACAUCGGGACACACCUUCACCAUCGAUCAGAGGAACUUCCCCAUGCACUGUGAGUCUCUGCUAGAUGAACUGGCUCCCGAGGAGACCACCAACGAUAAGAUGAUCGGAGACGCUAUCAGAACCUUGGCAAGGGUAAUGACGGAGCUGGAGGAGCACUACAGGGAGUACCAGGUUGUACUAGAGGCCUCUUUAGACGCACACUCUCGCUGGCAAGAAUUCAAGAAAGAGGCAGUGCAGUUGACUACGACGGCAGAGGAUUUGAGAGGAAGGAUUGCGGAGCUGAGCGAGGCUGAUACGGAGAAUCUUAACGAAGCCUACUCGGUUCUGCAAUCGGCAAAGACAGCUUUUAAUGAGAUGUCGAAAAAGAGAGCUGAUCUGCCGAAAAGGAAGCAUAAGAAAGCAGACAGUCUCAUGGAGAAUCUUGAUAAGAUUAUAACAGAGAACUUUGCUGAGCUUGGAAAGAACAAUGAAAAGAUGGUUAACACAGAAUUCGUUCUCAACAUCCAAGGUGAUAUAUUAUCAUGGAUAAAAGAAUUUGAAGACGCUCUUUAUGUCAACCAAAACAUAAUCCAAACUGACACUUUUCGAGCCGUCUUAGAAAAGGAUACCAAAAUCCGCAAAAUGUUGAAAUAUUGUCCUCUAGAGGUCAUCGAAGAGUACUUCGAAACGUGCCAAAAAAUUGGCUCAGACUUUCUGCUUGCCUCAAUGCUCGGUGUAGAGACCUGCAUAUCUAGGCUCAUAGAAAAGCUGGUGGAAACAAAUCAACAGAUCAGCAGUGCCAUCAAGAGCAAGUCAAACAUGUUAUCUGCUAGAAUGAAUGCACUUCUCGGGAGGAUCAAAGCCUUAGAUAACGGAACAGAGACUCUGGUAGAAUUUGCAACUUCCUGCGAGAAGAUGCUCUUCCUCAUCGGAACAUUUAGGGAGUCUGAGGCCAUUGAACCACCAGAAAUCCCUGAUAUAACUUUUCUCGAAGAAUACAAAAAUUCGAUCCUUGUCAACCAAAUAGAAGUCUUUGACGAGCUCAUUCAAACGAUUACAAGAUGUGUUCAGAGUGAGUCAGAAGAACUCCAACUAUCACUAUUUCAACGGAUACGGACAGUCAGUAAAAAUAAACGAGACACGAAGAGCCCUUUCUCCAGUACUGCUUCCAACCGGUCCAGGAGGGAUUCAAUAAAGAAACUUCUGACUACUGCAAAGAGCAUUGAUGAUUACAUUGACGACAUCGAGGAGUUGGUUCAAAGUCUGGAGCAGCGGCAUAUGGUCAAACUAAUAGAAGACAUCUCCACUUCUCAGUCAACGAAGGCUGAAAAAUCAACACAAAAACUUUAUCACAUUCUCAAAGAAUUUAUGGACACAGAGAAAGUCUACAUCAAGUCUAUUGAGUAUCUCCAUGAUGAACUAAUCCGCAAAGCAGCAUUAGACGAGGAAUUUAGUCUUGACGUUCAAGUAACGGAAUGCUUGAGAAUUGGUCAGGGUCUUCUUCAUAAGAUGAUUCAGCUGAACAAGAACCUGAACACUCAAGUACGGAACAGUAGCGGAGGAGGACUAAAGUUUGCUCGAAUAUUCACAUCUUUAGGCAAGGAUUUUGAGGUUUACUAUGACUUUAUCAAGCUCCAAACCCGACUGGAAGAGAUUCUCUCAGAGGACUACUUCAAAGACAUCCAAUCUCUGAAUUCGGACUCUUUGCCAGCUGAAUCAUACGUCUGUAAGCCGAUGCAGCGUCUUUGCAAAUAUAAACUGUUGUUUGAGGACGCUCUGACCAACACAAACCACGUGUUUGAAGUACCCACAAUCUACCGAGCAGUCCUACUAAGUGGCAAGCUCCUCAGGGCCAUUAACGGAACUCUGCAUCUUCAGGAGGAAAGCUUCUACGAACAGGAAGAAUCUCAAUUCUAUCUCUACGCCAGGGUUUCACUUUUAGGUUACUCCUAUCCGGAGAGAAAAGCAUAUCUUUUCAAAGAUAACCUCUAUCUUUCAAAGCCUCCGCCCAAGGAAACCUCUAAAGAGCCCAGAGAACAUAGCUCAUUUGCACUUGACAAUGUUUGCUUACUGGAUGUUGAUAAGUCCAAACUUGAGAUGGUUCUGAAUGUGAAUGUGUCUCAAAUUAUGUCAGUGGAAGGAACUUUGAAGAGCACAUUGCGAAGGAGCACGUCUAUGAAAAAGUCAAAAGGGCCAGCAACAGUUACUCUGGUUUUUCAUGAGUAUAACGAUUUUGUGGAAUGGAGCUUUAAAUUGAAGAAUGUACUGGGGAAAUAUUAUUAAAAUAUUAUUAAAUAUUACUAAAUAUUACUUGAUAUUACUUGAGAUUGUUUACUUUUGUUGACGCAGCUUUUUUAAUGUUUAAAUUGUUUUAAUGCGAUCGAUUGUUUUUUUAUUUGAUUUUUGAUUCAUCGUCAUUACUUGAUAUUGUGAUAUUUGAAGA